AUGGCAACCAAUUCUUUCCAAUCCGUAUACCACAAUCACCACUCACUCCUCAACCACCACCACCACAACCACCACAUAGAGAUUGCUCCUUCCACCCUCUCCUCCACUCUCUUCCUCAAACCCACCACCACAAACACCCCAAACACCAUAAGCACUUCUUCUCUCUCCUCCACCAAAACCUUCUCAAUCUCACCCACCACUUCACUCUCCACACCCUCCUCCACCCAAGCCAUCUCCUUUGACCUCCUACAGCAGCACCUCUCCGCCCAAAACUUCCGUGAAGCGGACGAAGAAACCCGCCGCCUCCUCAUCGUCCUGGCCGGAGAACAAGCCCAGAAGCGAGGCUACGUCUUCUUCUCCGAGGCCCAGUUCAUCUCAGAAGCCGACCUCAAGGCCAUUGACGACCUCUGGAGGCAGCACAGCAACAACAAAUUUGGGUACAGCGUCCAGAGAAAAAUAUAUGGCAAAGUGAGCAAUGACUUCACCAAAUUCUUCAUUAAGGUUGGGUGGAUGAAGAAGCUGGACACAGAAGUUGAGCAAUUCAACUACAGAGCCUUCCCCAAUGAGUUCAUCUGGGAGCUCAACGAGGACACACCAGAAGGCCAUCUGCCAUUGACGAAUGCUUUGAGAGGAACCCAGCUGCUCAAAAGCAUUUUAGAGCAUCCCGCUUUCAAGCCCACAGAGGAAGAGCUGCUUCAGGCUAAGGUUGCAGGUGAAGACAUGGGCAGUGGAGUUACAGGGUUGAAAGGGUUCAUGGAUGGCUCCAAAAGCAAAAGAGUGCUCAAAUCAGACUAUAGCUUUUGA